GUGGGGUUUUGUUUUCCUUGAUGUGUUGUAAACUGACAGAUUUCUGAAAACAGUUGUUUUCUUUGUAAUCAGGGAGUGCCUGCCUGACGGUUCAAAUACGUACAUUUUAGUGGUUAAUAAAAAUAAAUUUUCAGUCCUCAUGGGUCCAGUGAUCAUUACGAAAAUAUUAUUUUACAUGAAAUACAACGGUCAUCAUUUAUAUUGAAUCCACUUAAGCUCGUUUACUCAAAGCUUUCUCAUUCAGCCAUCCUUCGAACCAUUAGAGACUGUUUCUGCAGCUGUUAAGGGCUUUUUAGCCUGUUCGUUUUAUGAUCUUGGACAUCAAGCGUACAUCUCUGAAGACUAUUUAUUUAAUAGACAAAACAAUGAUUUACGCUUUUGGCGUCCUUAAAGAUCCCAUACAUAAUUUUAGUAUGGCAGUGAAACAAACUGAUUAUCUUCGACGUGUAUCAUGUACCACAACUCAAAGUACGCGAAUUAAUGAAAGCUAAGAUUGUGUUCAUCAUUAUGAUUAUAUUACUGCCUAAUCAGUUUAUAUAACAUAGACUUCUGAAUGUACUAAAUGAACAUUACCACUAAAUUUAUUACAAAUAGCGAUACCCAGUAGACACAUGUAUGUAAAAUGACGGACGAGAAUUAAAUUCUCUAUACCGUCAUCGAUUUUUCUUAUAAAACGGCUGGCGGGAAAUGUAUUUGUGAUUAAAUCUACAAUUAUGGAGAAAAGAUAGGUUUUUGGUGAAAUUUAUUAUUUUUCGCAAUUUAACAUAAAUUACAUGUUUGUGGCAAAAUUAAGCGAUCAAAUAGAUCAAGCAAACGGUUAUUUAGCUUUGAACUUCUGGAAACUAAUUGACGUUUUUUAAUAAGAAUUCUGUGUUUUAUUCAAUUUUUUCCUCUUUCAGCAUCAUACAAAAUUUGCUGCUCGUAAAUGCCUGAGUCAGUAAUUGCUAACAUUGAAAAUGUCAAGAAAGUGGCAGAUCAUAUACAAAAAUUGAUAAGUAUCGUACCAGAAAUUGGGAUCAUUUGUGGGAGUGGUCUGGGGAAGUUGGCUGAUGGGGUUAAAGAUAAAACCAUAAUUCCAUACACAAAGAUACCCAACUUCCCUCAAACGUCUGUUGUUGGACACUCUGGAAACCUGAUAUUUGGAACUCUGAGCGGCCGAAAAGUAGUCGUCAUGCAAGGACGGUUUCACAUGUACGAGGGAUAUACCAAUGACACGGUAAUACAUUUGUGAUGGUCAGUUAUCUCUUUGCCAUAGAUCGCUCUUCCCAUACGCGUGAUGAAGUUAUUGGGAGUAAAAAUUCUUAUGGUUAGUAAUGCUGCUGGUGGUCUGAACAGAAGUCUCAAACUUGGUGAUUUUGUGAUCUUAAAAGACCAUAUUUAUCUUCCUGGACUGGGAUUAAAUAAUGUUUUGGUCGGACCGAAUCAUGAUGAAUUUGGUCCUCGAUUCCCAGCACUUUCGGAUGCCUAUAACAGUGACCUGCGAAAACUGGCUAUACAAGUAGCUGUAGAAAACGGUUUUGGGGAUUUGGUUCACCAAGGUGUUUACGUGAUGAAUGGUGGUCCCUGUUACGAAACGCCUGCUGAGUGCACAAUGCUUCUUAACAUGGGUUGUGAUGUAGUCGGUAUGAGUACGAUUCCGGAAGUUGUAAUUGCUCGGCACUGUGGAAUUCAAGUGUUCGCCGUUUCACUAGUUACAAAUAUAAGUGUGCUGGAUGUUGAAAGCAGUGUGAAGGCGAACCAUGAAGAAGUCUUGGCCACAGGUGCUCAACGUGCUGAAUUGAUGCAAUCAUGGUUUGAAAAGAUCAUCGAAAAACUGCCCAAAGAUUGAGUUGGAUGUUACGCUUAAUAUUUUGUGCAAUGAAUUAUAC